AAACGGAAGAAACAGACAAAGACAACGGAAAGUAUUUCUGAGCAUAAGAAAACUACACUGGCACAGUCAGACAAGGGAUCAUGGUUUGAUCAAGUAAAAUGGCUAGAUGAGGAAGAGUUGAACGCAAGCGUUUCCGCUCGGAAACUUUGCUCUGAAAUCGACUCAGACGACCGUACAGAGAAAAGAAACAACAUUGUAGUUGAUAUAAAUUUGUUGAAUGGAGCAAUCGAGAGGUCACUUGUGUGCAAAUUUUGCCAGUGCCCGGUGUUUUGCGAGGAACUCGAAGAGCGCAGCGGCCAAGGUGUGAGAUUUGGCUUCGUUUGCACGAAUGCGAACUGUAGUCUCAUUCAGAUGCCUUUUAACUCCUCAAGUAAAUCAGGAAAGCUUUUCGAUAUCAACAGAGCGUCUACCCUUGCUUUUCGAGCGAUUGGAAGGGGACAACUGGCAGCUGCAAAAACGUUGAGUAUUUUAGGUCUACCAAAGCCCUUGAGCAAGCCGGUUUGGUGCGAAAACACCAAAAUAAUAGCCGAUGCAUGCAGUGAACUUGUUCGCGAAGAACUCGAACAUUCAGCCAGGGAACUGAAGGAGCUAGUGGAGACUGAUAGCGAAGGAUACUGUACCACAGCUGUUUCUUUCGAUGGAUCGUGGUGCAGCCGCGGAUGGUGUGCGAGAGACGGAGUUGCUGCCGGGAUCUCACUCAAAACAGGAAAAGUUCUGGAUGUCAUUCAUCUUAG